GGCAUUGUCGAGGAGAGAUGUGUCGCUCAUGCUUCUGCUCCACCCACCACGUGGGUCUUCCCCAGUAACAUGUUAGGGUAUUAAAGCGAGUGCGUCCAUCAGUCACUUCUGUAAAUAUGUGUUAGUUUUAUCUCUCUGAUCAGAGUUGGAAAAAGAGAACUCUAGACGUGUUUCACGGUGAAUUCACACAACAAACUCUCCUUUUAUCUUGUUUCCAUGAACGUAAACAUUGUGGAUCAACUAGAACUCUUUCUAAACGUGAUAUCAUCAGGGAAUUAAGAAACGAAGGCGAAUAUCAGUUUCAGCAACGAAAGGACGUCCUGUAGGAGGCGAGGCAGCCGCUGCAGUAGAGAAGGAAACUGCUGCAGUAGAGAAGGAAGCUGCUGCAGCAGAGAAGGAAGCUGCUGCAGGGGUAUAAUCUCAGCAGCAGGAUGACAGGAGCCGCAGCGGGUGUGAGGUGGCUGGUAGCAGCAGUGGUAGUGACCGGUACCUUUAGUACCCUUCAGCGAGGCAUGCCCCAGGUGUGCCAGUAUGAACGACAGGAGCAGGUACGCCUUCAGGUGCCCACAACCCGAGCCUUCACCGCCACCGUCAAGAUUCAACGCCCUGGCUGCUACUCCAAUACUCAGGAUUGUGUUGACUAUGAGAGAAGAACCAAAUACCGCACAGUGUACCAGGAACGGGAGGAGGUCCACACUCACAAGAUCUUUGCAUGUUGUCCCGGCUGGGCUGUACAGGAUGCCAUGGAAAGAGACGAGAAGAAAGGAGGAAAACGGCACAAAGGAGAAGAGACGAGCGAUGGAGGCUCAGGAGGCUGCUCCGUUAGAGUGGAAACCUCUCCUGAAAAUGGUGGUAGAGAGAUUACACAUGAGGGCCAUGUUUAUCACUUAGUCGACGGCUCUCAGGAGAAAAAGAACAACUCUUACUUCAAGGGCGAGCUCUACCACUUGUACAAGCUUGUCUAUGGUCCAGUGGAAGGUGAACAGAGCCUCGGAAAUGAGAGUACUGAAGCUGUGUCGUUUUUGCCUUAUUCUCAGCCGCAUCAGGAAGCUCAGGGCAAUAAGAGCAUCAAGACUUUCGACUAUGCCAGCGAUGACCCGGCCUCGCAGGACUAUAACAGAGCAGGAGAUCUGGUACUUCCUCCAAGCUCUCAGCAGUCUUCACCUUCAGGUAGCAAGGAUGAUGUUCCCGACGAGGUAUCCACGAACUCUCGCCGCCACAGAGCCCACCAUCACAAGCGACCUUCCACUUCCCACACUCCAACAGCCGGCCACCGCCACCACCGCUCACGUAACAAUCUUAAUCGUCACCACUAUCGGCGCCACAGAAGUCGUUCUGCUACAGGUCGUGAGGAGGGCGUCGAGAAUAAUACGACAUAUACGCCAGGCAAAAACAGUCGUCGCCCCUAUCACAAAGUUUACAGGAACAAGAACAAGAAUGACACAGAGUUUGACGCCUACAGCUACACCAUCAUCUUGGCACCCAGAAAGAGGGGGGAACGUAGGCGCGGCGGCGCACCCAGUGAACGACCUGGGGGAGUGGCAGCGCAGGAGCAGGUGGCGCAGCUGCAGGAAGUGGUGGUAACCCCUCCUGGAGUACCUCACACUGUGUGUGGCCGCAUCAGUUGCUACAAUUUUGGCCGCUGUCUCUACAACCGCUGCAUCUGUCCCAGAGGUUUCUACGGCACCCAUUGUCAGUAUGAUCGGGAUGAGUGUGGCACGAACAAUGGCGGUUGUGACCAGACGUGUAAGAACACUGUGGGUUCGUACCUGUGUUGCUGUGGUCCAGGUUACAGGCUCGGAUCUGACAAUCGCUCCUGCCAGGAUGUGGACGAAUGUGAGCAACACAAUGGUGGAUGUUCCCACGAGUGCAUCAACACCAUAGGUUCCUACCAAUGUAGCUGUAGUCAAGGUCACCGCCUCCUUCCUGACGGACGUACCUGCAUACGUGAGGAGGCUUGCAACAUUAACAACGGUGGCUGCCACCACUACUGCAACGACUCCUCUGGCCGACUUGUCUGCUCCUGCCGACCUGGGUUCCGCCUGCAUCCCGAUGGACGCGGGUGUGAGAUGGUGGACCCUUGCUCUGUGGAUAAUGGCGGCUGCCAAGACCGCUGCCUGGUGGAGAUGGGUCAGGCGAGGUGCUCCUGCAGGAGAGGCUUUACCCUGGCAAAUGAUAAAGUCUCGUGUGUUGAUACUGACGAGUGCCACACACCGGGCACCUGCAGCCAACUCUGCCGUAACACCUGGGGCUCUUACGAGUGCCUCUGCAAAGCUGGCUACCAGCUGGGUACCGAUCAUAAGUCCUGUUACAUGAUCGACAUGGAAGUAAUCAAUUCCUGCCUGGAGAACAAUGGUGGGUGUCAGCACAUGUGUCGUCAUGGGUCGGGAGGCGCUGUCUGCAGCUGUCAUCCUGGUUACUUGCUGCAGCCUGAUCGCCGCAGCUGUCAGGAUGAGGAUGAGUGUGAGGCGAAGACUCACCGGUGUCAGCAAGAGUGUGUCAACACUGCUGGAGGCUAUGCUUGUGCUUGCACCAAGGGCUACACUCUCAGUGCUGACACCUUCACCUGUACAGAUGUGGAUGAGUGUGCUCGGGAGAAUGGUGGAUGUGAGCAACAGUGUCGCAACACACAAGGCUCCUUCAUCUGCACCUGUCGUAGAGGUUACGUCCUCGUCGAUCGCACACACUGCGACAUGGUGAACUACGACUACACAGGCGAAUACCCAGAGCGACUCCCAUCCCCGGAGACUAACGAUGACCCGGACCUGAGCACCACCCUGGAGGAUGACUUCUCCCUGCUUGGAGACACUAAAGCAUCCAGCUACGACCUCUGGAGCGACCUCUCCUACGCCGAGCACUCCAAGGUCACCACAAUACACACCCGGUGUGUUCCCGGAUACUUUGGUCCCAACUGCACGCUGACGUGUGCAGACUGUCCUGGCCAGUGUGAUCAAUCAGGCUGUGUGUGUCCCCCAGGUACCACCGGCCCCUCCUGCUCUCUCACCUGUCCCGCUGGGUUUUAUGGUCCUGGCUGUAAUCAGGUGUGUCGGUGUGAGAAUGGAGGCACGUGUGACCCCGUAUCGGGCAACUGCACGUGUCCCCCGGGAGUGUCUGGUGACCUGUGUCAAGACGGAUGUCCAGCCGGAUACUAUGGUGGCCAGUGUGAGCGUCGGUGCCCCAUGAUGUGCCCUAAUAUGCGAUGCAACAGAGUGUUUGGCUUCUGCGAGUGUGACCCUGGACGCUUUGGCCCCAAGUGCAACAUGCCCUGUCCAGCUCUCACCUGGGGCCCCAACUGUCGUCACCAGUGCCAGUGCCAGGCUCAGACCACUGCCAAGUGUUAUUCUGAGAGUGGAGUGUGCGAGUGCAAGCCAGGCUACGUUGGCGCCGACUGUUCCGAGGAGUGCCCGGCUGGUAAAUGGGGUGCCAGGUGCUUGCACGAGUGCCAGUGUGCCAAUAGUGUCACUUGCCAUCCCGCUACUGGAGUCUGUGUCCAAGACUGUCCCUCAGGCUUCACUGGAGCCAACUGUCUCACACGUCCGGCAUGUGAGUCUCGGUGUCCUGCUGGCAGGUUUGGCAUAGACUGCAGUGAGACCUGCACUUGUCUCAAUGGUGCUGCGUGCCACCACAUCACCGGCAGGUGCGAGUGCCUCCCAGGGUUCACAGGACACAGCUGUGAGCAGCCAUGUCCUCUAGGACGCUAUGGUCAGGACUGCCUACAUAUGUGUCACUGUGACAACAGCGGUGGCUGUGAUCGCGUCACCGGAGAGUGUGCCUGUGCUCCAGGCUGGCGAGGACCUCAGUGCAAACUUCCAUGUGAAGCUGGAGUCUAUGGGUCUGGAUGUGCCAUGAACUGCAGUUGUGCCAAUGGUGCCAAGUGUGACCACAUCUCUGGUGCCUGCAUGUGCCAACCAGGCUGGCGUGGCACCUUCUGCUCUCGGCCCUGCCCUGAUGGAUUCUGGGGGCCAGACUGUCGUCAUCACUGUGGUUGUGGCACUGGUGCUGCCUGCGACCCAACCACAGGGGCCUGCAUCUGUCCUCCAGGCAAACAUGGACAACACUGUUCCAAGACUUGCUCGAGUGACCGCUGGGGCAGCGACUGUCAGAAUGUAUGUUUGUGCCACAAUGGUGGCACCUGUGACCGUGUGACUGGCGCCUGUGUCUGCCCCCCGGGAUACACCGGUGCCACAUGCCAGGACAGAUGCCCUAAAGGAAGUUACGGCAGUGGGUGUCAGCACACCUGCCUCUGCCAACAUGGAGCUAACUGUCAGCAUGACACUGGGAGUUGCAUCUGCCCACCUGGCUUCACCGGCACCUACUGUGAGACAGGUUGUGACCUGGGCAGGUAUGGUCCCGGGUGUGCGCUGGAAUGUCAUUGUCAGCACGGAGGCCAUUGUGACCCUGUCACUGGUGCUUGUAAGUGUACUCCAGGCUGGCGAGGUCAAGACUGCCACAAACCCUGCCACAAAGGGUUCUGGGGAGAUGGAUGUGAGCAGACAUGUGAUUGUGAACAUGGCACUCACUGUCAUCCUAUCACUGGGGAGUGCCGAUGUCCUCCUGGUUUUACCGGCGACAGAUGCCAAUUUAUCUGUCCCUUUGGAUUCUUUGGUGAUAAGUGUGACGAGAGUUGCAAGUGUGAGGGAGACCAGCCAUGUGACCACGUAACUGGUGCCUGCACCUGCCCCCCAGGCCGUCAUGGGCACCAGUGCCACGAGUAUUGUGCUGAUGGGCGAUGGGGGAAGGAGUGCCUCCAUGAGUGUCAGUGUGCCAGAUCUUCCCUCUGUGACCCUGUCAGUGGAGAGUGCUUCUGCCCUGCAGGUCUUCGUGGCCGCAACUGUCGAAGAGGUUGUCCACGGGGCAGAUAUGGUGUAGACUGUAACCAGAAGUGCAAGUGUGACAAUGGUGGUACCUGUGACCCUGUGAGUGGACAGUGCCAGUGUCACGAUGGUUUCUAUGGCCCCACCUGUGCCCUUCCCUGUCCAGAUGGCACCUAUGGCUUUAACUGCAAUGAGACAUGCGAAUGUGAGCAUGGGGGUAUGUGCAAUGGUGUGGGAGAGUGCGUAUGCCCUGCUGGGUACACGGGUCCUCGAUGUGAGACCACCUGCCCAGAUCAGACCUGGGGCCUUCGCUGUGCCUUCUACUGUGCCUGCCACAACAAUGCCAUCUGCCACCCAGUGACGGGAAAGUGCCAGUGUGGGCUAGGGUGGACUGGACCAGACUGUAGCCAGGAGUGUGGACCAGGUCGGUAUGGACCAGACUGUCAGCUGGACUGUGCAUGCCACCACAAUGUGUCCUGUGACCGCUUUUCUGGCUGUUGCCAGUGUGGUCCUGGUCGCUAUGGCCGCUACUGUGAACUGGAGUGUCCGGCCGGAUUCUUUGGUGCCUAUUGUACUCGUGCUUGUGAAUGCCACAACGGUGCCACCUGUGACCCCAGUACUGGCCAGUGUCGCUGUGCCCCAGGCUUUACAGGUGACACCUGUGCUGAUGCCUGCCCUUCAGGGAAGUAUGGUGUCCAUUGUCGUGAGGAGUGUCAGUGUGGAGAGUACCCAUGCCACAGAGAAACUGGAGACUGCCAGUGCCCACCUGGCACUAAGGGAGAAUACUGUCUUAUGCCAUGCGGGACAGGCAGGUAUGGGCGGGGGUGCCAACAAGUGUGUGAGUGCCACAAUGGUGGCACAUGCCACCCUGCUACAGGUCACUGCUCAUGCACCCCAGGAUGGCUCGGACCCAAGUGUGAUGAGAAGGACGUCUCCUUCAUUGCUGCGAGUGAUCAGCGAGGACGGGCAGACAUUCCCAUCGAACUCAGCUGAUUCUACUCUCGUCAAAUCAAAGCUUUAUAUGACGGAUAUACCAUUGUAAAUGGUGAACGAGUGACAAAAACCUAGUCAUUCUGGAAUAUGAUGCAGAAAAUCAUUAUGUCUGCACCUGUGUAGUUGCUUGUUCGUAUGUGGCCGCAAAAAACAAGAUUCCUUAAAUCUCAGCGAUGCAUUUCUUGUGUGCUACUGUUUGUACAUCCUUGCAAGUGCUUACACAAUGACAGAAACCUGGCCAAGCGGCUUACAUUGUCUGUACCAGGUGAGCUGGACUAAGUGCCUGGCCACUGAUGAUGACAAUACAUAACACAGACUGGGGAGGAGCUUGUAUUCUUUGUGUGUGAUAAAACACAGGAAAACAGAAAUACAAAUGUUCCAGUGAUGCAUCUGCAGGCACAAUGUUCAUCUUUAAUAACUGGCAUUUGCUGUUUUAAAUAUACUUUGUGAAUUUACAUUGUGGUGUUCCAGCCUUGAACAUUUAAAUGUUACCAUUCUCCCCAACUCAUCAACUAUAAUAUAAGAAUACUAAAGAGAGUCCAAUAUCUUGUAAAUAAUCCUGUCAUCUACACUCAAGCUAUUGUAUCUAUUGUACUGAAUAUCUCUUGUUAAAGUCAAAAACCUACUUAGAAGAAUGCAUGUUUUAAAAGUUGUCAAGUUAUAUUAAUGGCGAGAUUCUAAAACCACAAGGGGCAUACAGUGCAUGAUAAAUGGGAGGUAAUCAGGUUCAUCAUGAAGAGGAGGCUUGCUCCAGCUUUUCAGAUUAUGAGGCCUUCACCUGUAUCAAGGCAUCCCUUUAAAGGAAAAGUUACAUAUAUAAAAUAAUUUUUUUUCAUGUUCAAUUUAAAUAAGAGUAAAAAAACAGGUAAUUAUAAGGUAUUUACCUGAUGACAAUAGGCAUAAAAGGAUAUAAUUUAAAAAAUUUGGAUGAUAAUUUAUUAGAAGAACUCGUGACUGAAUUGUGUGUUGUAAACUAAAUACGUAGUUAUGUAAUUUUUUUGAGCAUCAAAGUCCUUGCACAUUACAGUUGCUGAAACAGUGUAAAGUAUCGGAAUUAAUUAGACAACAUUUUAACUAGGCUCAGAGGUAUAUACAUGGAUAUGGGUACCUGUUUAUAUACUGAGAUGUGUAUGUUUGUGUCUUUGGAAAUACAGUGGACCCCCGCAUAACGAUAUUAUUUCAAUCCAGAAGUCUGUUUGGGUGCCGUUAUAGACCGAAUUUGUUCCCAUAAGAAAUGUUGUGAAUUAGAUUAGUCCAUUUCAGACCCCUAAAAAUACACCUACAAAAGCACUUACAAAAAUAAAUUUACAUAAUUGGUCGAGUUGGGAGCUGAUCGUUAUCCGGGGGUCCACUGUAUAUCUCCCUCAGUACAUAUUCACCAAGAAAAUGUAUGUCUUAAUGUACACACAGUUUAUUAUAUUUUCUAUUCUGGGAAAUGAGGUAUCCUUGCUGUUAACACCUAAGUAAAUUGAAGCCUUAAUAUUAAGACCCAGUUCAAAAGACUUCAUUUUAUUAUUUCUGAAUUAGUAAAUGCAACUCACUUGCAAUGUAAUAAUUUAAAAAAAAAUACUAAACAGCCUCUUUCAAGAAUUUCAGAAAAUUUAGUUUUUGCCAAUAAUAGUAAGUACGUGUACAUGUACAGUGUACAGAAAGCCCCUUGUUAUGCAGAGUUUUUCAUUCAAAUUAGGUCAGUUUUGUCCCAGGAUGCAACCCACACCAGUCAACUAACUCCCAGGUACCCAUUUUACUGAUGGGUGAACAUAGACAACUGGUGUAAAGAAACACGCCCAAUGUUUCUACCCUCGCUGGGAACCAUCUACUUUAAUUAAUUUAACACUGAUCCUGAAUGGAUCAUAAUUAUAUUUAAGGGAAAAAAUUACAUUAGGGCCAAGUUUGAUAUUAGAAUGGCUAAGGCAGCUCCUAUUCCUUGGAUCAGUUCCCUUCACCAGCAUCAAAGCACCUCCCUAGAAGGGCAUGGAUGGAUGAAUGUUGAAACCCUAGUAAUCUAACCUACCUUAAUUUUGAAUGGUUGAAUGUUGUGUAAAGAUCAUAGUAGUACUCACAUUCCUAAUGUUUAAUAGACUACAAUGUUUAAGUUAACGCAACAGUCAUUUAUGGUUAUUAGUAAAUAAAGAUACCACAGCUAAGAUACAAUGCCGUCUUAAGAUAAGCAAGGUGUUAAAUCUCGAAACCAAAUGUGUGUUUGUGUGUAUGUAUUCAACACCUCGAUAUAAUGGAUUAACUGGGGUGGGGAAGAGGGGUCUGAUGAUGCAAAUUGACAUUUCAGUCCGAAUAUGAAGGCCAUUCCUGUGAUUAUAGCAAUGCUGGACUCUUACGGGUUUGCGCUUAGUUAUAAUUACAAAAAUAAUAAUAACAAUACUGGACAAUUCUGUAAACAGGCUUAGGUCAAGGGUUUACUUUAUUAUUUAAUAAAUCUAUGUAAAUCUAAUUAUACA